CUAGGUUUUUUUCCGCCCAGCUUGUAGCCCUCGACCCAAAGCCGCCGCCAAGAGGGUUUCUCUUUUGCUCACCAUCUCGGAGUCGGACGCUCGCCGGCCCAAUCCCAAGCAGUCCUCGCCGCAGAUGGCAGUUCCCGGCGGCCGCAACGGCCUCAGGGAUGACGACGACGACAUCGCUGAGCACGCCGAGGCCUUCGGUGGCGUCUCCGAUGACGAGGAGGUGCCUCCCCACCUCCGCGCCCUCGCCAACGCCGCCCAGACCGGUGACGUCGCCGCGCUCCUUGCCGCCCUCGAUAAUCAUGAUGGCAGUAUUGAUGUUCCAGUUGAAGAUGGUGAUACUUUGCUUCACCUAGCAUGCUUAUACGGUCAUCUCCCUUGUGUGCAGCUACUGUUGGAACGUGGAGCUAGCUUGGAAUGCAAAGAUGAAGAAGGUGCAAUCCCUCUUCACGAUGCUUGUGCUGGAGGCUUCACUGAGAUGGUCCAAUAUAUUCUGAACUUUGCUGCUAACAAGGAUGGUUGCGUAGUGCGAAUGCUCAACACUGUGGAUUCUGAAGGCGAUACACCGCUCCACCAUGCUGCUAGAGGGGAACAUUUGGAUGUUGUCAAGCUUUUGCUCGAGGCCGGGGCAUCCCCCAAGAAGGAGAACACGUAUGGGCAGACACCCGCUGAUAUGGCUGACCAAGACACUGAAGUCCGAGGCCUGUUGACUGCCAAGCAAAUUGAGGCAAGCACACACAUGAGUGAUGAUUAAGUCUGUGGAAUCCUUAGUUGAAACUGGUAGUGUGGAGUAGUAGUCGUAAUAUACCGCUGUCUUAUCCGCUAUCCAAUCUUCAUCAAACCUGGAGUAAUAUUGUAGCCAGAAUUUUAAUGGAGGGAUUAGUUACAUGAUCGAUGCUCCUUUUCCAUAUUGUUGCAUUAUAUGAAAGAUAUAUUUGAACACCCGUUGAUUUUGUUGUUGUAUUCCUUGAUUGUUCCACAGCGUCUUCUAAGUUUCUUUGAGAACGAAA